AUGCUCAACCUGGGAAUCAGUGGUGUUGUCUCCGAAUUAAGAAUCGGGAUGCUAGCUGUUGGUAGAGGAACACUUGGUAUGAUGGCACUCAAGAUCGAGGUAAUGGGAAUCAAGGGCGUGAUCUCAGAUAUGAGAAGCGGGAUGUCAGAUGUCGGAACCGCUGCGGUUGGCAGAAUGGCACUUAAGAUGGAAACUACCCCCGGUGUUGGGUUCACGUUGGAUGGUACGGGAAAUGAAAGCGGAAGUGACAAUCCUGGGCUUAGGAACGGCGGUUGGCCCGAAGAGGUCGGGCCCGGUACUGGUAUAACCGGUGGUAAGGUACCUUCCGCCGACGUAGUGGUGUCCUGCUGUACUCCGGGCUGA